AUGGCCCUUCCAUUGCGAUCAAUAACCUCGUUCCGAACAUCAUUUUCUCCUCUGUCACCAUUAUCUCGACCCUGUCGACUGUUUCUUGCCCUGCUACAGACUCCAACAACUGCCUCCCCUUCGUCGGCAGCGCACAUCAAGAUCGACGUGACGCAUCUGCCGAAGAACUCGAAACAACUGCCUGAGAUGACGGUGGGAUUCCGGAACGGCAAAGAGGUGAAGUUGGAGGUGGGCAAACUACGGCUUUCGGUGGGGGACGUGAUGGAGGAAGUUGGAAGGGUAGGGAGGCUGAUUGAGAGAGAGGAGAGUUUGAAAGGAUAG